GAAUAAAGAGCAGAGAAAUGAUCAAAAUAUAGGAGGACUAUUAUCAGUAAUAAAAAGGCCAUUUAGUCUAUUCUCUAAAACAUGCGACCGAAUUGGAAAAAGACUAGAAAGAUACCACCGAAUUGAAGAAAUUUUAAGAGUUAUAGCAUUAAUUGUUAAUAUUAUAUCGAUGACAGUUGGUUUGAUUCGAGUGUGGUUAUGGUGGCAUCCGUUUGAGGCUAUGAGUGAUGUUAUGUGUUUGGCUAAUUUUAUGGAAAAUGUUAAUUUCUCUUAUGAUUAUCUAACGUGUGGAAUCACCAUAACCGAUUGGAGCUCUGCUACUUAUUCUGAUUGUGUUCCCUUUGAACCUGCAGUUGGAUGGUUUCUCAUAAUUGUUUAUUCAGCUGUUUAUACAGUACUACUCGUUGGAAUACUUACUUUACGUGGUUAUGCUAUCUGGGCAGAUGGUAUUGUGGGAUCUGCAAUCUUGAUAACUCUCUCUGGAUUGCAGUCUGUAUAUUCUACACAAGGCCUGUGUACUAAAUUUGUUGCAGAAUUGAUGAAGUUAUCUCCUUCACUGAAACAAAUUCUUGAACAACAAGUCCUUAGCCAUGGAAGUUUGAUUAAUUUAUGGUG